CUCUCCCCCCCCUUUUCCUCAGUCUCAUCCGGUCACCCCUGCCGCCAACCAUUUCAGCCCCUCACUCCUUUUUUUUAUUAUCUUACUUACUGCGCGGUUGUCGACCCGAGACCACCAUACCUGGUUGGUGAUUGACCCGAGACCACCUUACUUCCUGGUCGGCAAUCGACGGGAACCGCCGCAUUUUAUCAUCAAUCAAAGACACCAGAAAAUUUCCUAUGAUAAAGGGGUUAUAGAAAUAGGGAAAUGAGAUAGAAGUGCUCCUCUCUUUUGUUUUGUUAGUUACCUGACAAAAAAGAAAUUUAUGUCAACCAGUUAAGAUUUGAUGUGAAGAACAUAAUAGAGGAAGAUGUAUGCUAAGUUGCGCGAACAUCUUUUUGCUGACACGAUAUUGCACUAUACGGAGUUAUGCACCCACCUAUUUUCCAUACAAAAGGAUCAUUGAUACAGUUUUAAAAGGUUAGAAGAACCUGUAAGAUGAUUGCUAUGCAGCCAAAACUUUUUAGAUGUGACACAAAUUUUAAUAGUUUCAGAGGACUUGAUGAUUCAAGGAGGGGCAGCAGCAUUUGCUCGUUGUCAAUACUUGGGUUUGCAUGUCAUCUCUUGCCUUCUACUUCAGGUUUUAGAAUUUCAAGUAGGAGUUCCGGGCUUAAUUAUGUGGCAUUUGCCAAGAAGAUAUUCUCUACAAAUGUACUUCCAAAGGAGUCCAUGUUUAUAUGCAAUGGAAAAAUGGAUAGGAUAUCAACGAAACAUACUAUUUCGAUUGAGCAUCAAAAGCGAGUACAGGAAUUUGCUACUCAAGGGAGUAUUGGAGGUAAUUCAAAGAUUACAUUCCCUAUAAAAGUGGCUAGGAAGAACAUUCUUGGUCCUCCAAUAUCUGCUCGUAAAAAUAUCAAUGGUAUAAAUUCUUUCGAAGUUCUUCCAAAAGAUGAGCAAAAGGAAGCAAACUCCACUCAGUCUCCCUCUGCAUCAAGUUCUGUUGAAAAAAAGGUGUCAAAGGCUAAAACAAAACAGAAGCCGAGAUCACGAACUAAGAAGAAAGAAACUCCGUCUGGUACAUUAUCUUCUCCUGAUGAUCCGUCAAAAGGUUCUAGCAAAGUAAAAAGACUGAAUGGCCUGUCACCAGAGGCUGCUGAGAAUAGCUCAAUUGUGGAUAUCACUAACGAAGAAGUUGAUAUAUCUGACUCACCGCAAGCUGCAUCUAAGAAAAAAGCCCCAAAGUCCCGGAAGAAGGGGACAUUGGCUAAAGGAAAUGACUUAGAGGUGAAAAUCAACGGCACUUUACACAAAUCGAAGGUGGAGGAGGAAGUAGCUCUUACCAGCAGAGAAUCUCAGAAACCAAUGCCUCAGACAGUUAAUGGAAUCAAGUCAAUUAAGUUGAAGCCAUUGUAUCCUCCUACAGGAAAAUCUGUUUUGGUGGUCGAGUCCCUCACUAAAGCAAAGGUUAUUCAGCAGUACCUUGGUGACAUGUAUGAAGUUCUACCAAGCUAUGGCCAUGUAAGGGACUUGGCUUCUAGGUCAGGAUCUGUACGCCCUGACGACAACUUCAGUAUGGUGUGGGAAGUUCCAUCAUCUGCCUGGACUCAUCUUAAGAGUAUGAAGGUUGCAGUUAGUAGAGCAGAUAAUCUUAUUCUUGCAUCGGAUCCUGAUCGAGAAGGAGAAGCCAUUGCUUGGCACAUAAUUGAGAUGAUGCAGCAACAAAAGGCUCUGCGUGAUGAUUUGAAUAUUUCCAGAGUUGUUUUUCAAGAAAUUACAGAAUCAGCCAUAAAAAUUGCUCUUCAAAGUCCAAGAAACAUUGAUGUCAACAUGGUCCAUGCUUAUCUCGCUCGUCGUGCACUUGAUUAUUUGAUUGGAUUUAACAUUUCUCCUCUGCUUUGGAGAAAGCUACCUGGCUGUCAAUCUGCUGGACGAGUACAAUCAGCUGCUCUUUCUCUUUUAUGUGACAGAGAAUUAGAAAUUGAGGAAUUCAAACCACGGGAAUAUUGGAGUGUGGAGGCCACUUUCAGUUCAAGUUCAGCAUCAUCACAAAACAAAUCUUCUCUUCGGUCAUAUUUGACUCAUUUUGGUUCGAAAAAAUUGAGUCAGUUUUCAAUUGGCUCAGCAGCUGAGGCAAAGAGUAUUGAGCAGAUAGUGAGUUCAUCUACUUUUGAGGUCACUGCUGCUAAGAAAACCAAAGUGAAAAGAAACCCCCCAACUCCCUAUAUAACAUCGACCCUUCAACAAGAUGCUGCAAAUAAGUUGAAUUUUUCUGCUUCCUAUACAAUGAAGCUGGCACAGAAAUUGUACGAGGGGAUUGAGUUAGCAGGUGGCGACGUGGCUGGAUUGAUAACCUACAUGAGGACUGAUGGUUUACACAUGUCUGAUGAUGCUGUAAAAGAAAUAUGCUCUUUGGUCCGAGAGCGUUAUGGUUUGGAGUUUGCUGCAACUAAUCCAAGGAAGUUAUUAAAAAAGGUGAAGAACGCCCAAGAGGCACAUGAAGCCAUUCGACCUACAGAUAUACGAAGGCUUCCAUCCAUGCUUGUUGAGGCCCUUGAUGUAGAUUCUUUAAAGUUGUACACUUUGAUUUGGGCUCGUACUAUGGCCUGUCAGAUGGAACCUGCACGAGUUGACCAGAUACAACUUGAUAUUGGAAAUGACGCUGGGUCCAUUUGUUUUCGAGCAGCUUGUACUGCAGUUGAGUUUCCUGGAUACAGAUCAGUAUAUGAAGAUAUAGAAACUCAAACGAUUCGAGACAGUGACAAUGAACCUACUGAUCGCGUAGAACUUUACGAGAUCCUCAGUGAUCUAAAACAGGGAGAUCCUAUGUGCCUUGGAAAUGUGGAAUCUAAACAACACCAUACUCUACCCCCACCUCGUUAUUCUGAAGCAUCAUUAGUAAAGAAGAUGGAAGAGCUCGGAAUUGGAAGGCCUUCAACGUAUGCAAAUAUACUCAAAGUUUUACAAGACAGGAAAUAUGUAACAGCAAAAAACCGAGUGCUAUACCCUGAAUUUCGUGGUCGUAUGGUCUCAGCGUUUCUCUCUCACUAUUUUAAUGAGGUGACAGACUAUAGUUUCACUGCUGACAUGGAAACUGAGCUUGACAAUGUUUCUGCUGGAUCAACUGAAUGGAAAGGGCUCCUUAAGGAUUACUGGGGUAGGUUCAGUACUUACUGUGAUCGUGCCGGCAAAGUUCAAAUCCAUCAAGUGGAGAAGAUGUUAGAGAGAACUUAUGAAAACUUCCUUUUCUCCUCGCUUCCUGAAGAAAGCCGAGCAUGCCCCAGUUGUUUGGAGGGUACUCUAAUCUUCAAGGUGAGCCGAUAUGGUGCAGGGUAUUUUAUUGGUUGUGAUCAACACCCCAAGUGCAAGUUUAUAGCUAAGACAUUGUAUGCGGAAGAGGAUGAAGACGAAGAUCCUCAAGAGAGCACUUCAGUUGAAGAACCAAAGUUACUGGGUACUCAUCCCGAGUCUGGUGAGAAGGUUCUUUUAAAGAGCGGUCCUUAUGGGUCUUAUGUGCAGCUUGGUGAAGAUAGGAAAGGAUAUUUACCCAAACGGUCGUCAAUUUCUCAGAUCAAGGAUGUUAAAUCAAUUUCGUUGGAAGAUGCUAUUGAUUUGCUCCGCUACCCUAUCACAGUGGGAAACCAUCCUGUGGACGGCCAGCCAAUACUAAUAAAGAUUUCAAAAACUGGGUUUACUGUUAGGCAUCGACGUAACAUUGCUCCUGUGCCAAAGAGCUUGUCUCCAAACGAUAUCGAUAUGAAUAAAGCACUGAAACUACUCUCCGGUAAAGAUGUUCGAAGAUGUGGGCGCCCAAAGGGUAAAAAGCGUGUGGAAGAUGCGGUUGAUGACUGUUGAGUAUUUCUUUGUGCAAUAUGCUAUAAUUUUUUGUAGACUACCCAUUACUAAUGGUAGAUGGUUCCGAUCCUUUUGAUCAUUUAUAGUCGCCCAUCAUAUUUCUUGCCUGGGCUUGUAUGUUCAUAGCUUUAUUUUAUAGAGAAGUGGGCAUUUUUUCUAAUGGUCUAUCUAAGAUUGAAAUUAUCAAGAUUAUUGCUUCAUAUUCCAUUGCCCACAUAAUCUUCGGUAGAUUUAGAAAGUCAUUUUGAUUUUAA